CAUUUAACGAUCGCAACGCGAGCACCAACUGUCUUUGUUUAAUGUCAGUGAACGACAAGGAUAAAAUGAUACAGUGAGCGUUGCUGGCGUUAAGUGGAACGUCCACGAUAUGAGAUAUAUAUAUAUAUAUAUAUAUAUAUAUAUAUAUAUAUAUAUAUGAAAUCACAAGAAUGCCAGUGUGUAUUAAUCUAUAUUAGUAGAUAUACAUAUAGAAUCUGUAAUAAUUGGUGAAUGCCCUCUUGAUUUGCUAAUUAAUACUCCCCAUUACAAGCGAAUUCUUUGCUCGUUUAAAAAAGGCUUCAUAUUUUUAUAUAUGUUAUGAUUGGACUUUAAAAAGAACUUGAAAGAACUGUCCUUUGUUUGUCGCCUCUUGGCGUAUAUUUUGUAUGAAAAUGAAAGAUUGUUGAAGAUGUAUACAUUUUCGAUAAGAGAAGUUUGACAUAGUUUGAUAGACGAUUCAAAGAACGAAAGGAUUGACAUUCUUUGAAGAUAAUAUUUUAAGAUCUUCAUAACAUCUCAAAAAUGGAUGAGGAACAAACAGAUAAUACAAUCUCUAAAGUGGAGUGUUUCAACAAUACAUCUUUACCUGUAGUAACAGCUGAUUUAGCAAAACUUAGCAUAGAUAUUAAUUCUUCGCCUACAGAAUCUACCAAGAGGAUUCUUAGGAAAAGAAUACCCAAAUCUGCUGCUUCUACAGAUGUUCUUAAUAGAAGAUGUAGCAUCAAACCAAAAAAGAGGAAGGUUUCAGAGAUGAAUAUGGAGGAAGAAAACAUAAAGGAAUAUUACUUGGAUAAGAAGAUAAAUAAGAAAAUUAAUCUUGAAACAAUAUAUGAAGAGAGCGACAAUGCAGACGAUGAUAUUGGUAUGCACAUGAGUGCAAAGAGAUUUAAAAGAAUGUUACUGUUUUCUCAAACAGCUUCCAAAGUAAAGAAGAGACGUGCAAAAAUAAAGAAAGUUUUUGGAUCUAAAGAUAUUUCUAAGCAUGUGAGGGAUAAUGUAUUAAAAAAUUAUGCAAAUAAAAUAAAACUUCUUGAAAGAGGACCGAUCAUGAUUGAUCAAAAAUUCUUGGAAAAGAUUAACAAGAUUGGACAAAGUUCUUCUUGUGUUAAAAACUAAUAAUUCAAUCUCUUUAGUUUCUGCAAGUAUGUUAUUCUAUUUCAGGAUUUUGUUAUCUCCUAUACUUGCAUAAAUCUGCAAAAGAGAUUAUGCAUAAAACGGGAAGAAAUAUUGGUGUUAUUAUAAUAAUAUUUACUUUUGCCAUCUUUAUUGAAACUAUUAUAUGAUAUGAAAUUUUUUGACUCAAUAUUUGUGCAUUAUAUAGAUAUGUUUCAAUAUAUAAAUCACAAGGACCAUAAAUGUGUGAUAAUCAUAUUUAAAUUUGCAUAUUUGCGAUUUAUCUCACUUAUGAUAUUAAUAUAAUGUAAUGAGAGAGAGAGAGAGAGAGAGAGAGAGAGAGAAAUAUAUUCAUAAUGUGAGGAUUAAUAA